AUGAAAGAUAUAGAGGGUAAAGUGAGACGAACACGGAAUUUGAAGAGGUUGGUAACCGUUGGAGUAGUAUUUGGUGUUUUAAUAUGGGGGUCAUCAUUUUUGAUAUCGGCCAUUGACCACUUUUUCACUACUUUGGAGACAAAGUCGUACCAUGAUAUUCAUUUUCAUGUGUUAGACUAUGAAUCAGAACUGAAUGAUGCUAUAUUUGCAACCCCUUCAAGAAAACCAACGGAAUUUGGAGACAAGAUACCUUUGAAUAAAAAGAUUUUCGACGAGCAUACAUUGUCUGCAAAACACCAUGAAAUUCAAUGGAUAAGAACCCCCUCCUCGAUUCACGAUGACAAGGGCACUUAUGUUAUCAAAAAUGACAAGAAAAAUGAUGAUUUCGAGGUGGUUAUAAAGUCAGUUUCUGACGAGGAAUACAAUCAAAUAUUGAUUGAAAAGUCUAGUUUUGAAUACAAAGGUGAAGUUUACAAUGUCGAAGACUUUAUCGCUUCACCCGACUUACAAAAAGUCAUUCUCAAGACAAAUGUUACAUCGCAGUGGAGACACUCUUCACUGGGGCUCUACUGGAUCUUAGACGUAGCCACGCAGCAGGUGGAGCCAGUAUUCAAGAGAGCAAGAAUAUCUACAAUUUCGUGGUCCCCGGACUCAUUGAAAGUAGCAUUCAUUCACCAAAACAAUAUUUAUGUGCAAGAUAUUUCACUGAAUGAAGUGGUUCAAGUGACAAAUGAUGGGUCUGCCGAAAUUUUCAAUGGUAAACCAGACUGGGUCUAUGAAGAAGAGGUUUUUGGAAGUGACAUUGUUUUAUGGUGGUCACCAGCUGGUGACAAGUUUGCUUUUUUGAAAUCAAACAACUCUGAAGUGCCAGAAUUUGUUAUUCCGUUUUAUGCUCAGAACAAUUUCGAAGAUUACCCUGAAAUUGUCAAGAUAAAGUAUCCAAAAGCUGGUUAUCCAAAUCCAAUAGUCGACGUUUGGACGUAUGAUUUGACCAAGGAUAAAGCUGUCAAACAUGAGUUAAACUCAAAGAAAAUUGAGCUGACUGAAAGAUUGAUAACCGAAGUUGUGUGGGUAGGGGAAGAAGUUUUGGUGAAAACAUCCAACCGUGCCAGUGACUUGCUUGAGGUUUUCCUUGUUGGGAAAGAACCGAGAUUAGUUCGUUCGCAUACGGCUGAAAAGUCUUGGUUUGAAAUAACUUCCCACACACUUUUUGUCCCCAAGAAUAAAACGGUUGGACGUCAGCAAGACGGUUAUAUUGACACUGUCGUUGAUAAUGGGUUUAAUCACUUGGCCUACUUCUCACCACCUGACACCUCAGAAUAUGAACUAUUAACAAAAGGCGAUUGGGAGGUUGUUGGCGGUGUUGGUGCUUUUGACUACAAUACAAAUGUAAUUUACUUCACCAGCACAUUGAGGUCUUCAAUUGAGAGACACAUUCAUUCAAUUAACUUAUUGGACAGGUCUGACGAUGGGCUUCCGUAUAUCAGGGAUAUUACGGCCAAUGAAGGCUACUACUCGUCAUCCUUUUCAUCAGGUGCCAGAUUCUUGUUUUUGUCGGUCUUAGGUCCUGAUGUACCAAAGCAACAAAUCAAUGACUUGAGGUUGGAAAAGAAAGUGAAAAUCAUUGAAGACAAUUCCGAGUUGAUUGAAAAAUUGAGAAAAUAUGUGGUUCCAGAAGUCAAGUACAGUACUGUUGAGUUACAAGACGAGGAUGGUAAACCAUUUCUUGCAAAUGCUGUUGAGGUCUUGCCGUUGAACUUUGACAAGAAGAAAAAGUACCCAGUAUUGUUUUCAAUCUAUGGAGGUCCUGGGUCGCAAAUGGUUGACAAGAGGUGGUCAAUUUCAUUCAGCUCUUUGGUGGCGGCAGAAUUGGAUGCAGUGGUAGUCACUGUCGAUGGAAGAGGUACCGGAUACAACAAUUUGAAUUCAAAAUUGGGUUCCAAUUUCAAGUUUAUAGUCAGGGAUCAACUAGGCAAAUACGAACCAAGAGAUUUGAUUUCUGCUGCUAAUAUUUGGGCCGGAAAGUCGUAUGUUGACCGUGAAAGAAUUGCAAUCUGGGGCUGGUCAUAUGGAGGCUUCUUGACUUUGAAAACACUUGAAACUGAUGUCAAAGACUCUAUAUUCAACUAUGCCGUUGCCAUUGCACCGGUCACUAAAUGGAAGUUGUACGAUUCAAUCUACACUGAGAGGUACUUGAGAACACCACAAGAAAACCCGCUGGGCUACGAAACAGGAUCAAUUCACAAUGCCACCAACUUCAAACACGUCAAGAAAUUUUUUAUUGGGCAUGGAAGUGGUGAUGAUAAUGUUCACGUUCAACAUUCUUUGCAAUUGUUGGAUGAGUUCAAUUUAGCAGAAGUGGAAAAUUUUGAAUUUAUGAUUUUCCCCGAUUCAAAUCAUGGAAUGACGUACCAUAAUGGACAAAAAGUUGUUUACGAUAGAAUUUUAGAUUUCUUCAAAAGAGCAUUCAAUUAUGAGCUCGAUUAG